AUGUCGCAGGAGGAACUAAACGAGGCUAAGAAGGCAGUUUUCAUUAGCGCAAUGUAUGAGGACAUUACUCCUGUCAACUCGCCACCGCGUCCGUCAACACAGUAUGAUCCAGUCAGUGAAGAUGAAGAUUGGCCGUCCUUGGAUCCGGAAGACAUUUCAAAUGGCAGUGAGGAUGUGCAUUCAAACCUCAACGAAUCUAGUGAAUCGGAAAAUAGCGUUGCGGAAUCGAUGCCAAAUUCAACAACAGUGACGGAAACAAUAAUACUAAAAAUGACAAAGAAAACCACCUAUCAUAGUGAUGGUAACUCGGAAAUUGUUCGUGAUACCAAAAUCUCACAUUCCGAAACUGUGAAUCCUGAUGAAGUGGACCUUGUGAGAUUUGCGACUGACAUUUUAAAUGAAGUGCCAGAACACUUUCGUAAUCAAAAUGUGAGAAUUGUCGAAUUAAAGGAUUAA